GUGAGACUCCGUUUCAAAAAACCAAAAAUUGUUUUGGAAGAUUGAGAAAGAUGGGUAGAGACUCAUCAUAAAUCAACUAGGAUGAUCUUUGGGAAAAUGCAAUAAAACUUUGAUUUUUGCUUCACUUGGAAUGGCCAAAGAAAGAAAGAAAAGAUGAAAAAACUGGGGCACCCAAUUCACUCAAAGUCUUGUGAAUGAAUUUCAGACCAAGAUUUGAACCUGGGCAGUUUGGAUCCAGAAGAGUCCAUGUGCUUUAACUACUAUGCUGUGCUACCUCAUCAGAUGAACACAUUUGGAUAAACACCAACAGAGCCCUGUUAGAUUGUUGAAAGAAUCCUGAUACAUUUCUACAAUGGCGACUGCCCAGCUCUCUCACUCGUUCACAGUACAAAAGGCAUCUAAGGGAACAGUUUUUCCAUCUCAAAUCACUAACGAGCAUGAGUCACUGAUAAUGGUGAAGAAACUUUUUGCUACUUCUAUCUCAUGUAUAACAUAUCUAAGGGGACUGUUUCCAGAGAGCUCUUAUGGAGAGCGCCAUUUGGAUGACCUCAGCUUAAAAAUCCUCCGAGAAGACAAAAAAUGUCCUGGAUCACUGCAUAUUAUCAAAUGGAUUCAAGGUUGUUUUGAUGCUUUGGAAAAGAGAUACCUACAAAUGGCAGUACUUACACUUUACACAAAUCCCAAGGAACCUGAGAAAGUGACCGAAAUAUACCAGUUCAAAUUCAAAUACACAAAAGAAGGAGCCAUCAUGGAUUUUGACAGCAGCACCACAAGCUUUGAAAGUGGGACAAACAGUGAAGAUGUUAAGAAAGCCAGUGUUCUACUGAUCCGUAAAUUGUAUGUACUGAUGCAGAACCUUGGACCUCUUCCCAAUGAUGUUGUACUUACUAUGAAACUCCACUACUAUAAUGCAGUGACACCAAAUGAUUACCAACCCCCUGGGUUCAAAGAAGGGGUAAAUUCACACUUCCUGCUGUUUGAUGGGGAGCCUGUCAACCUGCAAGUGGGCUUGGUCUCCACUGGCUUUCAUAGCAUGAAAGUAAAAGUCACGACUGAGGCUGCCAGAGUAUCUGAUUUGGAGGACAACCUCUUUCAGGAGAAUAGCACUACUGAGAUUGCCCAUGAGGGUCUAGACUGUGAUGAGGAAGAAGAGGAAUGCAACAGUCAUGUAAGGCAAAGCUUUAGUGAUCCUCCAUUGCUUUGGUUAAACACUGUUGACUUGUUUCAGUGCCUAUAUGGGCCAUCUCACAUGAAAGAUGCCAGAUAUAAAAGCUGAAACAAAACUAGUCCCUGAUGUCUAGAAGUUUUAAUCUAGAAAUGUAUAGUCUUCAAGAAUGUAUAGUCUUCUAUACUUUAUUAGAUGAAAUUGGCCAGGACGACUAGGGAAAAAAAGAUUUUCUAGUAUAUUUCUUUUAUUAAAGGUUCCCAUUAAUUUAGAAAA